UUUCUUUUUGGAAUAACAUCUCAACGGCACCUCGGCUCUGGGCUUACUAAGCCCUGCGAUCUCAAGGCGCAAGGCUGGGCGCAACCAGAGGGUUGCGGGGUUGCGGGAUUGCGGGCUCCAGGAGUGGGACCCGCCGACUCCGGGAACCAAGCACACGCGCCAAGGCUUGUGAGGCGGCGGGGUGGAGUUGGGCGCCUGCCUUGCGCCGACGCAGUGCAUUCACGGGGGCGGUCCCAGAGGCGGCGAGCUGUGGUUCCGGUUCCGUCGCGGAGACACGUGAAGGUCGGCGAGUUGGUGCGGAGUUCGUCUCUGCAAGCCUGGUCGCCCUGGGAUGGAUUCCUCCUUUUCUUCCUCCGCGGCGGGUUUGGGUGCAGUGGACCCGCAGUUGCAGCAUUUCAUCGAGGUAGAAACUCAAAAGCAGCGCUUCCAGCAGCUGGUGCACCAGAUGACUGAACUUUGUUGGGAGAAGUGCAUGGACAAGCCUGGGCCAAAGUUGGACAGUCGGGCUGAGGCCUGUUUUGUGAACUGCGUUGAGCGCUUCAUUGAUACAAGCCAGUUCAUCUUGAAUCGACUGGAACAGACCCAGAAAUCCAAGCCAGUUUUCUCAGAAAGCCUUUCUGACUGAUCUCAGCAUUACCUCUUUGGAAAAGGAAGGUAGUUCAAGAAAUGAAGAGCUGUUGAUGGGAUGAUUGAAGAAACAGCUAUGAGAGGAUUGGCUCCCAUCUUUUGUUACUCUUGGGACAUCCUGUCAUCUGAGAAUGAACAAAGACCAAUUUUUUGUGUGUGUGAAGCUUGAGGGUCAUAUGUUUGCUUGUAUUUUUCAAUGCUAAUCUUGUGAAAAUAAUUGACAGGUGAAUGGAAAACUCUAUUUAGAUGCAUAUUACUGUACAUGGGACUAUGCUUUUCUCAAAGCCCCAUUAACUGCUUCCUAUAAUUUUGAUAGUGGGACCACAUACGUAAAAAUCUCUCAUUUGUGUGGAGUCAUUUCUGGUUUCAGGGGAGAUCCUUGUGUUUAUCAGAAAGGGCAGAAGUGGGGGAAGAAUCAUUUGGUGUCCUUAUCUAGUGUUUGAUUAUCAGUGCUGGAGAAAAAGAUCUGUAAGAAUAUUUAUACAGUAUACUUCAGUUUUCUUGAUGAUCUCCCUUUCCUAUAUGAUGAUUUGCUUAAAUAUCCAUAUUAAGUAUAGUCUCAAGGUAGGAUAGGUAGCCUAAGAGUCUAGAGGCCUUUACUUAUAAAGGAAUCUAGCCAGUGAACAUAAUUCUUAUUACUAGACUGCCACAAGGAAGAAGUUAACUUACCCUGUAUAUCAGGGUACAAAAAAUUCAAUGAUGUGCCUAAAUAAGUUAUAAAGAUUUAGGCCAAUCAGAAGCUAACAGCAGUUUCAGGUAGAGGUGCAUGCCUAAUGUUAAUUAGUGUAGACUCCAUUUAUUGCAUUCUUUUGAUCACUGAAAUAAAAGCUAUAUAAGAUUCA